GGGGACGAUCACACAAUCAACCUUCCCCAGUACGGGGUAUAAACUGUAAAAAAAAAGAAAAAAAAAGCUCGGGUUUAACUUUGGGGGCCCAAAGUAAGUUCGAGGGUCGGGAGGAGUCAAAGUCGGCAGACAAAGAACGCAUCCAAACCACCGGGCCAAGAAAAAAAACGACACUAACCCCAUGACGAAUCUCUUAUGACGUUGUCCAAGAAAGAAGAUACUCCACUUCUGACGACUCCUUUACUGUUUGGGGGGGGAACCUUUGGAACGGGAGUUGGAAACCUGUAUGUACCUAGGACACUGCCAAACUGGAUGCGGCAAGGCGAGAGAUGGACAUAUCGGGCCCCCCCACGUGGAUUGAUUGACAUUGCUGGGUCCGUCCUACUCCGUAGGUGGUUAAACAGGGAAUGGGAAAUGGGGAGAGAUGGGAACGGGAAAAGAAUUGAAAAGUAUUUGUAGAAAAUGCAGCCAAUCCUGGACUGUCUUCUGUUGAUCCAUGCGGGUCUUCCAGGUCUUCG